AUGUUUUACGACUCCUCCAACAUUCCGUUCACAAUGUUACAACAACUUCGAUUAAAACAAAAAGAACAAAAUGGCAGACCGAUAAAUGACUGCUGCAAAGCAUUUUUGUAUGACGUCUUUAUCAAUUUUAAAAUCGAGAAAAUGCAAUUACCUAUAAAAAUCGUGUUUGAAAACGUUCUGGUCAAUAUUUUGUCAUUCUAUUUGAUUUUCUGCCAGACGCAAUGUAGAAGUCUCAGCGACAAAAACCGCUUCAAGGAUAGUCAAUUUAGUUCAAGUUCAACUAGGAGAGGUCUCAAAUAUGGAUACUACACGCCAAAUAAUGCCCGCUUGUCUACGAGAAAAAGUCAAAAUAGUGGCGGCGGCUGGUGUGGAAGCCCUAGGAACCCUCAUACUGAUUGGAUUGAGAUUGAUCUUGGGAGAAUGUAUCUCAUCGAAAAAAUUGGAACCAAAGGUCUCAAUGGAGGUAACACGUGGGUAAAAUCGUAUGAGUUGAAGUACAGUAAUGGUGGAGAAUGGAAAAGUUAUUUAAGUUUAGAUCAAACUCAUACAAAGGAGUUUCCAGGGAACACGGACACUGACUCAUUAGUGAUCAACAAGCUGGAGUCAGGAAUAUAUGCAAGAAAAGUGCAGAUUAUUCCCAAAACCUCUAAAUUCGAAACGUGCAUGCGAAUUGAACUUUAUGGAUGCGACUUUAAUGGCAAAAAUAAACAAUAA